ACCACGGCAAACAAGAAACAACACACAGACCCCCACACACCAACGAAUGUUAGGAUUGCAUUGGCGGCAACGACAUACAGCACAGCAGACAAGCAGAUAGCCGUACGAUCUAAAAUGUCGGUGGAAGACUCCUGGGUUUUUGAUUCGCUGGUCUGCUUCCUGCACGGGCCCAUUUGGAAUGCUCCGCUCCAGACGUUUAUAGAGCAAAAGUCCUUAGUCUUCGAUCCAAACCAGCAGUUGGAUGAAAAUAAUCCGGACAUACUGCAGAUUCACGAAGAAUACAAGAAUCUGGUGGACUACAUGUUGGGCAGCUUUAUGGAGGAGAUGCAGAUAUCACCGGAGCAGUUUGAAAUGGCUUGCCUGGAGGGUCGUCAGCAGGGUCAGGGCGAAAAUCCCUUUCAGUUCCACCAGGUGCUUUUCCAGCAGAUAUGGGCCGCCAACGACCUUAAGAUAUUUAUACGCAUGAUGACGCAACGUAACGUGGAGCUUCAGCUGCAGGCCCUGGAUCUCAUCGAGAAAAAUCAAUUGGCCCACGGUGCCGCCGAGGAGGGGGAUGACCGCAGUGCGGACGCGAGCUCGGAUCCAGGGGAUACCGCCUCGGAGGUGGAACAAAUGAUAGCCAAGACGGUGUCUGACGAACUGGAGAGUCCAGAAGCGGCUCUAACUCCAGAGCAAGAGCCCAAUCUGGAGCUGGUCAACGACAAGUUCCAGCGUCUAAAUCUAUUCUUCGAGCAGGAGGAUCGCGUGGACCCCAGUGAUGUAGUCUCGCGGCAGGAGUACCUGCGCCAGCAGCGUGACAAGAUUGUGCAGAUAAAGAAGCAGACGCGUGCAAAGCAACUGCAAGAGACCAUGUCCCGAGGUACUCCACAUGCUCCGGAGGGAGCGCGUCCAAGCUCCGCGUUGGUGGCCCAACAGCUACUCGAGAACGGCGGUCAGACUAAGGAACUUUCGAUGCCGGCACCACUGGAAGCUGAAGAGAACGCGGCCCUGCAACUCAGACGCAAUCUUGCUAAGCGCUUGCGCAGCGAAGUGGUUGAGCAAAAGUGA